CACUCUUAUCAGCCAAUCGGAUGUGAUGUGGUGUUCCAAUCAGAGUUCGCCAACUAACCAUAUGUUACGUUCGUUCCGUGGUGGCAGUUUUGACAACUCACGUAAAAAUAUAAUCGUUUUUGAAGAAUUCAGCUGAAAUACUGACUGGAGCGGAAAAAAUACAAAAGCAUGAAGCUCGCAGUAUUAGCAGUUUCAACGUUACUAUUUUACAUUGGAUUACCUCACGUCGCAUCUCUAGCUGUGAUGUCGGUGGACCUAGGGUCAGAAUGGAUGAAAGUAGGCAUAGUUUCUCCAGGUGUUCCCAUGGAAAUCGCGCUGAAUGUAGAAUCGAAACGUAAAUCCCCCGCCGUGAUAAGUUUCAGAGACAACACCAGGCUAUUCGGCGAAGACGCAGCUGCAGUGGGUGUGAAGUAUCCAAAUAAAUCAUUCGCUUACCUCUUGGAUCUAUUAGGCAAAAGUAUAGACCACCCGCUCGUCAAACUGUAUCAAAAGAGGUUCCCCUACUAUGAAAUAGUGCCUGAUAAGGAACGUGAUACGAUACGAUUUAAGCUAGACGAAGAUACCUACUUCAGCCCCGAGGAAUUGGUAGCGCAAAUUUUAGUAAAAGCCAAGCAAUUUGCUGAGCAUGGCGCUCAACAGCCGAUCAAAGAAUGUGUUUUGACAGUACCCGGAUACUUCAACCAAAUCGAACGCAAAGCUCUGCUACAAGCAGGAGAGUUGGCAGGUUUGAAAGUUCUGCAACUCAUCAACGAUUAUACAGCUGUCGCGUUGAACUAUGGCAUAUUCAGGUCGAAAACGUUCAACGAAACCACCCAAUACGUGAUGUUCUACGAUAUGGGCGCUUACUCAACAUCGGCUGUCUUGAUCGGCUACCAAACGGUCAAGACGAAAGAAAGGGGAUACCCGGAAACGCACCCGCAAGCCACUGUCUUAGGCGUCGGCUUUGACCGAACCUUGGGAGGACUCGAGAUUCAGCUCAGACUCAGAGACUACCUCGGCAAAAAAUUCAACGAAAUGAAGAAAACGAAGACGGACGUUUUCACCAGCCCCAGAGCGAUGGCAAAACUGUUCAAAGAAGCCGGAAGGCUCAAGAACGUACUAUCCGCCAAUGCAGAGCACAUCGCUCAAGUAGAAGGUCUCCUAGACGAUAAGGACUUCAAACUGCUAGUGAAAAGAGAAGAAAUGGAGGAAAUGUGCAAGGAUCUAUUCGAAAGAGUGAAAGGUCCGGUGCAGACAGCGUUGAAAACGGCGCAUCUGACCAUGGACAUCGUCAGCCAAGUGGUGUUGGUAGGCGCGGGUACGAGAGUGCCAAAGGUGCAAGAAGUGCUGCAGAAGUACGUCAAGCAGGACCUGGCGAAGAACUUGAACACCGAUGAGGCAGCGACGAUGGGAGCUGUGUACAGAGCUGCGGAGCUCAGCACUGGGUUCAAGGUCGCCAAGUUUAUCACCAAGGACGCCGUUAUAUAUCCCGUGCAGGUGACAUUCGAGAGGCCCACCGAAGAAGGCAGUGUCAAGCAAGUGAAACGAACCCUGUUCAGCCUGAUGAAUCCUUACCCGUCAAAGAAGAUAAUCACCUUCAACAAGUAUACCAGUGACUUCAAUUUCAAUGUCAACUAUGCUGAGCUCGACUACUUGCCACCAAAUGAGGUUCGUUAUUUGGGAUCCGCUCGCUUGUCGGAGUUCCAGCUGAGCGGCGUUUCCGAAGCGUUGAACAAAAACAGUGGCAAGAACGCGGAACCUAAAGGAAUCAAGGCUCACUUCCAAAUGAACGAGUCCGGUCUAUUGAAUUUGCUGAACGUCGAGUUGAUUGUGGAAAAGACGAUUUUGCCCGAGGAUGAAACGGGGACGUUGUCUAAAAUAGGUAGCACCUUCAGCAAACUUUUCGGCGGCGAAGAAAAACCCGUGGAAGAGAAACCAACGCCUGAAACGGCUGAAGAAAAACCGGUUGAAGAAAAAGCCCAAGAACAGCCGGCUGAAGAAAAGGAAGACAAACCGAAACAAGACCAAGUGAAAAAUGAGACUCAGAAGAACGAAACCGAAACCGCAAAGGAGACAAAACCGAAAGUAGGCACGUUUAAGGAGCCGAUCAAAUCCACGGAGCAUAUAUUGACUAUCCUGCCUUUGGAUAAGAAACAGAUGGCCGAGGCUUCGGAAAAGAUCGAAAAAUUGAACAAACUUGAGGCGGAUAUCAAGAGAAGAGAAACAGCGAUGAAUACCUUGGAGAGUUUCGUGAUUGAUAUCCAGAAUAAGCUGGAUGAGGAGGAUUAUAAAAUAGCUGCCAAGCCAGAGGAAGUGUCGAAAAUCAAAGAGGCUUGUACUGAGGUAGCGAACUGGCUUUACGAAGAUGGAGUUGAUGCUGAUACGGAAACGUACGAAAAGAAACUCGACGAGCUGCACGCCCUGACUAGGGACCUGUUUUCGAGAGUCUGGGAACACAGAGAGCGCCCUGAAGCGAUCAAAUCAUUGGACACAAUGCUGAACCACUCCUCACAUUUCCUCAACAACGCCAAGAAUCUCACCAAAAAGUUCAAUCCCCAAAAAGAUGUUUUCACCGAAGUGGAAAUCGAGACUCUGCAUAGCCUCAUCGUCGAUACCAAACAAUGGAAGGACAAAGCUGCGAAUGAACAGGAGAAAUUGGGAAAAAGCGAACCGAUCAAGCUGACGGUGAAGAUGGUGAUGGACAAGAUUGCGGCGUUGGACAGGGAAAUGAAGUACCUGGUGAACAAGUUGAAGUUCUGGAAGCCCAGGAAGGUGGAGAAACCGGUGACGGAGAAGCCUGAGAACGGUUCGGAUAGCAGCAAGAAGAAUGAGAGCGAGACGACAGACUCCAAGGAUGAGGUUGUGAUAGACGUUGGAGGUGAUGAAAAAGAAGCUGAAGUGACAGAAGAUCCGAACGAGGCCGACGCUAAAGAAGACGAACAUCUGGAGCUGUAGUGAUAUUCAGUGACUUUAGGGUAAACAAUUGUAAUGUAUUUUCUACUUGAGGUAGAAUCGUUUAGUGAAUCAAGCUGUGAAAUGUUGUUUUAAAGAUAAUGCUUGGACUGGAAUUUCUCCAAGAGCUGCCGACUUUUCUUCUUUUUUUUUUUGUGGGCGAAAAAGUUUUAGGGGGCGUUAUGCUGCAUCACCACAUUUACGUCACUUGAGGAUCAGUACCGAUUGAUUGGAUUUUAAAAGUGUCCCUCAAAUGGGGACUCAACAUUUGGUUUCUUUAAAAGGCUGCAACCACGGGUGUUUAAAAUUGCCGGUUUUCAAAAUUCCUGAGAUGAUAAAAAUUUUCAAAACAUUAAUAAUUUUGAAGGUUUUGAACAUCUUCAAACUAACGGGUAAUUUAGAUAUAUUGUAAAUUUAAAAAUUUUGAAAAAUCAUAAGUUAGCAAAAAGCGAAAAUCUUAAAAAUUCAAAAGUCUAAAAAAUGAUUGGAAUCAGAUGAUUUAGAAAAUUCAUGAAAUUUAAAACUCUUUUAGAACUUUGAAAAAAAUACGGGGCAGCUUUUGGGUAAUAGUAUAAAUUUUCUUUGCAUGAGACUGAAUAGAUCAAUUCAAACCUGUAGAUUGUAGAUGUUCUUUUUUGGUGUUACUGCAUUAUUAGGGAGUUUUGGUGUAGUUACAAAUACUGACGCAUGCGUAAACGUUAACCUUAUUUGGCACAAGUGCCGAUUGAGGGUCGAUCAAUCCCCGGAUUUCAAAAGAAAAAUUGCACAUUACAGUCACUUAGAUUUUCAAAACUUUCAGGAUUAUCAAAAUUUUCAUAUUUACAAUUUUCAAAAUUUUACAUCUUCAAUCGACAAAAUAUUUUUGAUUUUCAAAUUUUGUCAGGAUUUUCAAUUUCUUUAAAAUGUUCAAAACUCUCGAAAUUUGUGAAUUUUUCCAUUUUUUUCAGAAUCUUUGGUUUUCAAAAUUUUCAGGUUUCCAGAAAAUAUUUGGAAAUCUUCAGACACGAAAAUUUUGUAAACCAUGAGAAUUUUGAAAAUCGACAGUAUCAAAAAAAUUGAAAAUUUUCAAAGUUCUUAAAACUUAAAAAAACAAAAUCCUGACAAUAUUUAAUAUCUUGAAAAUUUUGAAGAAAGAAUUUGAGGAUAUAAAAUUUUGAUAGUCCUGAAAGUUUUGAGAUUUUGAAAAUUCUGGAGAUCUUUAAAAUCGAAAACAACGGGACUUUCGACAACUUUUAAAAACUGGAAAAUUUUGAAAACAUUGGAAUAUUUUGAAAACCAGGAAAAUUUUCGAAACCGACAAUUUCGAAAAAUUUUAUAAUUCUGGAAGUUUCGAAAAUUGAAAAAAAAAUUUUUAUUUUAUAUACAUAUUUAAAAAUCUUUAAAAUGUGAACAAACAUUUUAAGGAUAUAACAUUUUUAAAAUGAUGAAAAUUUUGAAAAUUCCGGGAAUCUUGGAAACUGAAAACCACAUCAAUUCUGAGAACUUCUAAAAUCCCGGAAAUGUUUAAAACAUUGAAUAUUUUGGAAACCGACAAUUUCGAAUUUUUUUUAAAUUUUUCAGUUUUGAAACUUAAAAAAAAAGAAAAUCCUGACAAUGUUUAAAAAUCUUGAGCAUUUUAAGAAACGUUUUGAUUAUAUAUAAUUUUGAAAAUUAUGAAAAUUUUGAUAAUCCUGAAAGUUUAGAGAUAUUGAAAUUCCAGAAAAUUUUGGAAAUUCCGGGAAUCUUGGGAACUGAAAACGGAAAUUUUGAAAACUUCUAAAAAAUCGUAAAUUUUGAAAACCCCGAAAAUUUUGGAAACCGACAAUUUCGAAAAAAUUUAAAAACUUUUGAAGUUUGGAAAAUUUAAAAUGGAAAUCUUGACAAUAUUCAAAAAUCUUGAAUAUUUUUGAAAAUGAUCUUGAGGAUAAUUAUGAAAAUUUAAAUUACAAUUUACAAUUCGUUUUAAUCCGGGGAUUGAACAAUCCUCAAUCAACAAUAAUUAUGGCCCUUAAUUUUGAGGAUAUAAAAUUUUUAAAAUGAUGAAAAUUCUGAAAAAUUCUAAAAUCUCGGAAAUGUUUAAAACAUUGAAUAUUUUAGAAACCUAAAUUUCGAAAAAAAAUUAGAUUUUGAAAAUUAAAAAACAGUAAAUCCUGACUAUAUUUAAAAAUCUUGAGAAUUUUAAGAAACGUUUUGGGGAUAUAAAAUUUUGAAAAUCCUGAAAGUUUUGAGAUAUUGAAAUUCCAGAAAAUUUUUGAAAUUCCGCGAAUCUUGGGAACUGAAAACAACGGAAAUUUUGAAAACUUCUAAAAAAUCGGAAAUUUUGAACACCCCGACAAUUUUGGAAACCGACAAUUUCGAAAAAAUUUAAAAACUUUUGAAGUUUGGAAAAUUUAAAAUUACUGGAAAUCUUGACGAUAUUUAAAAAUCUUGAAUAUUUUUGAAAAUGAUCUUGAGGAUAAUUAUGAAAAUUUCAAUUACAAUUUACAAUUCGUUUUAAUCCGGGGAUUACAAUACAAUAAUUAUGGCCGUUAAUUUCUUAUUAACGUUUACGUAUGCGGUAUUUGUGAUGGCCAAAACUGUCUGUUAACCUAAAAUGAGCUUCAGCUGCAUUAUCUUUAAAAAAAUGUAUUUGAUAAAGUGUAAUUUAUUUGUUUUUUGUUUGAUAUACUUUGUUGAUUCCAGUUUGCAGCCAAAUACUUUAUUGUUUGUAGCAGUGAAACUGCACUUUUGAAAACAAUUAUGCCAAAUUUGAACUUUGUGCAAUUGAUAAGUACUCGAGGUCGUUAGGAUUUCGAAAAUCACCACUUUUUGGUUUACAUAGUGUUACUUAUAGGUUUGUACAUUUGCCGAUGUAAAAUUUAUUUAUUUAUACGAAAUUAUUUGGAAUACGA